CCAGACUCACAGCGCGAGACAGAGAGAUGCUCAGUUCACUCACGAGCCUCGAGAGAAACUAAUUACACAAGGCGUCACCAUGCCGUCACUCCCCCAGACCUUCGCCACAGGCAAACCUUUCUUCAUCUGCUUUGCCAACCUCCUCUUAAUCCUCCUCUUCCUCACCUCCUCUGGCAUUCACGGGGCUUCUCUCAGAGAGCACAGACUGCGAGGGAGCGAGUCAGACCCCCCGAGAGGAAAUGUCCGCCAGAGCCCUAACGCCGACAUGCUCAAAGCUUUGGAGUACAUCGAGAGCCUCCGUCAGAGAACCGGCAUGGAGCCCCAGCAGCAGGCCCCCCCCGCCACAGGCAACGAUGCCCGCCACGUGGAUGACGCUGAGAAGUUGCGUGGCCAUGCUGAGGCUGGCCUUCUAAACCCUACGCACCGAACAAAUACGACGGACGAGGAAGAGGAGGAAGAGGAGAAGGGACGGGAGGAUAAGAGUGAAGAGCUGCUCCAGGCUGUGCUCAGCACCCUCCAGCAGACGGAAAAGGCCGCCAAGCCGGCGUCCCUUCGCCCCGGCGUCGAAGGAGCAGGCGGACAGGACGGCGCGUACCCCAGGGUGCAGCAGAAGCAACACAGCAUCAAGCCUCACAAGAAGCUGCCGCUAAUGUUUGAGGACGAGGAAGAGGGCGAGGGGGAUGAGGAGGAGGAUGAGGAAAGGCCAGAUCACGAGAGCCCCUUCAAGCGCACCAACGAGAACGUGGAGGAGAAGUACACGCCUCAGAACCUGGCCACGCUGCAGUCCGUGUUCGACGAACUGGACAAGCUGACCAGUGUGAAGCCCAUGCACAAGCGCCAGGAGGAGGAGGAGGAUGACAUGGAGGAUGAUGAUGAGGAAGAAGAUGAUGAUAUGUUCAAUGUGAGGAAUGUGGCGUACGAUGGCGGGGAUCUUGCAGACUGGGGUCCGCUACAAGAACAGGAAGAGGAAGAGGAGGAGGAGGAGGAGGAGAGGGACAACAAGCAUGAGGCCAACCGAGGGCUCGAUUACGUUGACGACGGCGAUGAAGAAGCCGAUGAUGAAGACGAGGAGGAAGAUGAUGAAAGCUACCCAGUCAAGAGGUCAAAUGAGCCCGAUGAUGUUGCCAACCUGGUGGACUACUACCUUCUGAAAGUGCUGGAGAAAACGGAGGAAGAGAAGCAGAAACGGGAGGUAGAGGAAGAGGAGAAAGAGAGGGCUGAGAGGAGAGUGGCUCAGACGCAGUACAGAGAUACCAUAGAUCCACAGGCAAUCUACCAGCUCAUUCAGAUCUCCCAGAAAUACCAGAUCCCACCCGAAGACCUGCUGGACAUGUUCAAAACCGGGGAAACGACGAGUCAAGACAAGUCGCGAAAGAGCAACGAGUUAGGCCGAGCAGAAAGCAGGCCCUCUCAGAAAACCUCAAAGAAGACGCACAAGAUUCCCGAAGCCAAAUUCUACAACAGACGCUUCCCUGACAGACAGAAGACCCCAGAAGAGCUGAGGACAGAAGAGAUACUGAACAUCCUGGGGCUGGGAGGCGGGGAGGAUCCAGCUCCCGUCAGGAAGCAGAAGCAGUACAAAAGCUCUCCGUCACGACUUCACACUUCUCAGCCUGCGGGGCGUUCGGGGGAAUCCGCUCCCACGCAACGGCGCCUUCCCAGCACGUUAAAGGACGACUAUGACGACACUGUGGACGAGGACGAGCUGGCGGCGUACCUAGCAGCUCAGAUGCUGGCACAGUACCAGAACCCCGGGUACGGCAGCGGCAACAAGGCGAGCCAAAAGCGGGACGAAGUUGGACAGGGCACGGCGGGCUCUUUUGAGCAGGCGAUACAGGAUUACUUUGAUCAAAUGGACUCCGAUAAAAGCCCCAAUGAAAAGAGACAGUCUGAGGAUGACACGCAGAUGCAAGGCUUUGACAGUGAGGCGGUGAUGAAACUGUUGAGCUACCUGAACCCAGAAACUGAAGAAAGUGAUGCCAAACCUGCCCCAGGAAUAUAAAUAGGCUGUAGAUACAUAUACUUAUAUAUAUAU